UUAUUGAUGACCACAUCCUCUUCCACUCUCUUAUCUUCAAACGCCGUGUUCAAACAAAUCAAUUUUAAUAUUACUACUAUUAUUAUCUCUAAAACAUUUUUUCAAUACUAAUUAAUAAUACUCAUUACCAUAAUAUUAAAUAAAGUGUUCAAAUAUAUUUAUAUAUAAAAAUCAAAACACAAUCUUAUUACCUUCUUAUAUAUACUAUCCAUCCUCAAAAUUUCUCAUGCUUUAUCUUUAUCUCUCAAUUGACUCACUUCAACUCACUUGAUUGUAUUUAUUUCUAGAUCUUCUCUCAAAGUCCCAUCUCAAGCAAGGAAGCAAAAUAGCUUAACCCAAACUCCAAAUAAAACAGGAUUUUUUUUAUUUAUUUCAAAUAUUUACUUAUUUAAUUUUCAUUAUUAUUUGUUUUUAAAAGGUGGAAAACAAUAUGGAAUUUGACGAACAUCAAGACCAAGAGGAGGAGGAGGAAGAAGAAGAAAUGGGAUUCCCGGUCACGCCGGUAGCCGGUUACGACUCUUUAGGAAACUCAGGCUUGAGGUCCAAAAUUGGCAGCGUGGGACACGACGGAGGAUCAGUCACCACCGCAAGCGGUGGUCGCAAAAGUGGACCCACAGGGACAGUCAGAUACAGAGAAUGUCAAAAGAACCACGCCGUCAACAUCGGCGGUCACGCCGUUGAUGGCUGUUGCGAGUUCUUAGCUGCCGGUGAGGAAGGAACACUGGAAGCCGUAAUUUGCGCUGCCUGUAACUGUCACCGAAACUUUCAUCGCAAGGAGAUCGACGGUGAACUAACCUCUCAAUCUCAUAAUCAUCAACCGCGGCAACACCAACACCCUCAGUACCACCACCACCAUCAAUUAUCCCCUUACUACCACCGCGCAGCGCAACCACCUCCACCUGGAUACCUCCACCACCACCUGGUAACUCCACUGCUAUCACAACAUCGUCCAUUAGCACUUCCACCUACUGCAUCGGGUGGGGGAUUCAGUAGAGAAGAUGAUGACGUUUCAAAUCCGAGUAGCAGCGGUGGCGGUGGCGGAAGUGGAACGAAGAAAAGGUUUAGAACAAAGUUCACUCAAGAACAGAAGGAUAGGAUGCUUGCAUUUGCGGAACAGAUUGGAUGGAGAAUCCAGAAACAAGAUGAAGCUGCAAUUGAACAAUUCUGUGUUGAGAAUUGUAUCAAGAGAAAUGUGCUUAAGGUUUGGAUGCAUAAUAACAAGCACACUCUUGGUAAGAAACCCUAAUUUCGUUCCUUUUUCUGUAAUUUUUAGGUUGGACAAUUUUGGUAUUAAUUGUUCGUUCUCUCUACUUCUACUCCAACAUUAGUUUAUUAAUUACUGGAUUUCAGUGUCAAUAGGUCGAGUUGGACGUCAUGAGUUUGUGUGAAAAAAGGGGAAUUUAAGAAAGGAACAAUUUCAAUAUUUGUAAUGUAAAAUUUAUUUUUUAUUUAAUUAAUGGAGAUCUAGCUAGCUAGGGUUCUUAGUUCUUAGUUCUUACUCA